CGCUUCUUUCUUCCAUUGGCUUCGUUCCCUCUCCCUUCUUCCUCCCCCCUUCUCUCUCGCUCUUGGUUCAGUCUGUACGCGAUGACGGAAUUCUCCGAGAUCCAACAUCUCCACUUUCUUUUAGAUGAUGACGAGGAGGAUCACGAAGAAGAUGGAGCCGUUGAUCUCUCUGUCCAGUUCGCGUUCAGCUAUGAUGCAAAGAACCGUCCUUCCGAAGGUGGGGAACCCGAGUCUCCGUUUUCCGGCAACGACCUGCCCGGCAGUCCUGAAAAAAGCCUAACCCUGGACUGCUCUGUAGUUCAGAAUUCGACUGAGGAGCCUUCGAGCGCCCGGCAUCUCCACCAGGUAGACCUCCAUCUCGGUAUUUCCGACCAUUCGUCGAGUGGUCAAUUUGGUUCCAGGACGGAUUCUUCCGUGGGAAGCCUUUCGAGUGUCGAUUGUGGGGGAGAAUAUGAUUUGGGUUCUUAUUAUCUCGGGCUAGGGUUAGGGUUUGAUGACGGGGAUUGGGGAUGCUUCUGGGCGCAAAAUUGUCAGGAACAUUAUGUGGGCCAUGUUGGUGGUAGUCCCGGAAGUCACGAAAAUCCUCCUGUUGAUGAUGUAUGGAUGGUGGAGGAAGAAUUGGGUGUCGACCGCCCUGUGGUUUUGGCGCAGAAUUCCGUCUCCAGUGGUUCGGUGGUUGAAUCUGGUGACUCUUCGAUGAUGCUGGGCGCUCAAUCAGGUUCUCUUGAAGCCUCAACGUCGAUUGCCGGCACCGAAGCUGCGGAUUUGGUUGAUAUUUAUGGUAAUUCCUACAUGAAUGAUGAUCCUAAUAGGGGAAGUGAAUGUUUUGGCGUUGUCGGGUUGGAAACUGAUUCUGAUGAAGAAUUCCUAGAUCCUCAAGAGGAUGGCUCUCCAAUUGUUGGAAGGAGAUCUAAUUUGGAGGCAGAUCAUCCGUCUGAAUCAGAUGCCUCGGCUCAUGAUAUAGAUUAUCAACUGUGCUGGGAUUGUCUCCACUUCUGUGAUCAGAGCGAUUCGGAUGAAGAUUAUGAGUGGGAGGAAGUCGAUAACGGCGUGGAUAUGAUGGAGGUCUCUCCGCAAUUCAAUUCUGUAUAUGGUGAGAGUACAUCCGAUGAUGUUUUAGUACACAGGGUCCUCCCUGAAGUAUUGGACUUGCAUGAAUCAAGUGGAAUAGAAGUUACAGAUACUGAAGCUAAUGUCGCCAAUGGCAACGAUACGUUGGAGACGACGGAGAAUCUAGAUUGGGCGCUUCUUGUUGAGGUAAACAACUUGGGAACCAGCGAUUAUGAUGUCGAAGACCAUGGAGCACCGAUUCAAAUUCGUGGGAGUGAGGAUUUUUUGCCCGCUGAGGUAUUUGAGAUUUUGGCUGGGCAGUUCACGAACAAUGAUAGUUUGCCAAGAGGAAUUCAACCGGCGUCGAAAUGUUUCGUGGCUAGAUUGCCCUCUGUCUCUUUAAUGGUGGAAAAUCCCGACGGCUCAAGAAGUGUUUGUGCUGUUUGUAAGGAUGAAGUUUCAAGAGAGGAGUUGGUGAAGCAACUUCCUUGUUCCCAUUGCUAUCAUAGCAGCUGCAUUUUGCCAUGGCUGAGCAUUCGAAGCACUUGUCCUGUGUGCCGAUAUCAGUUGCCGACCGACGAUCCUGAUUAUGAGCAGCGGAGGUUACAAAAUCCCCGAUAGACCUCAUAUGGGAUGGGAUUGCCUACCACUGCCGAGCAUCUACGCACCAGAAGCUUUCAUGUAAAUAUAGAUCCUCUCAGAUCUGAAUUUUUGUCUUUGUUUGUUAAACAAUAGAGAGCACUUUGAAGCUGUGUUUAUUUUACAUUUGAUAAAAGUUCCGCACAUGAAUUCAGAUGUUGAAGGCCGGCGCAGCAUACAAACCCUGUGAAGGGCUUCCUUGUACUCUUCCAAUAAAAAUCUUAAUUUUCUUUCUC